AGGAACAAGCUUUUCCAAAAAAGUAUUGGCUGUCCUAAGGAAUGCGGUCGCCCCCCUGGGAAAGUACAUAUCAGAGAGCAGCAGGCAGCUCCGCGCUCGUACUCCGUCUCAGCCACCCCACCGCGCUCGUGUCUUUGCUCCCGACGCUGCCUAAGGGCCCCUCGCCACUGCCACCAUGGACGCCAUCAAGAAGAAGAUGCAGAUGCUGAAGCUCGACAAAGAGAACGCCUUGGAUCGAGCUGAGCAGGCGGAGGCUGACAAGAAGGCGGCGGAAGACCGGAGCAAGCAGCUGGAAGAUGAGCUGGUGUCACUGCAAAAGAAACUCAAGGGCACUGAAGAUGAACUGGACAAAUACUCUGAGGCUCUCAAAGAUGCCCAGGAGAAGCUGGAGCUGGCUGAGAAAAAGGCCACAGAUGCUGAAGCUGAUGUAGCUUCUCUGAAUAGACGCAUCCAGCUGGUUGAGGAGGAGUUGGAUCGUGCUCAGGAGCGUCUGGCCACAGCUCUGCAGAAGCUGGAGGAGGCUGAGAAGGCCGCAGACGAGAGCGAGAGAGGCAUGAAAGUCAUUGAAAGCCGAGCCCAAAAGGAUGAAGAAAAGAUGGAAAUUCAGGAGAUCCAGCUGAAAGAGGCCAAGCACAUUGCUGAAGAUGCUGACCGCAAAUAUGAAGAGGUGGCCCGUAAGCUGGUCAUCAUUGAAAGUGACCUGGAACGUGCAGAGGAGCGGGCUGAGCUCUCAGAAGGCAAAUGUGCCGAGCUUGAAGAAGAGUUGAAAACGGUGACGAACAACUUGAAGUCACUGGAGGCUCAGGCUGAGAAGUACUCGCAGAAGGAAGACAAGUACGAGGAGGAGAUCAAGGUCCUUUCCGACAAGCUGAAGGAGGCUGAGACCCGGGCUGAGUUUGCCGAGAGAUCAGUAACUAAGUUGGAGAAGAGCAUCGACGACUUAGAAGACCAGCUCUACCAUCAACUCGAGCAAAACCGCCGCCUAACUAACGAGCUAAAGCUGGCCCUGAAUGAGGAUUAAAAAUCUGUGUGGAGAAACUUGGGCCAAGUUCUAGGAAUGGAGCCCCUGUUCAGGAAAUCUAUGACUCAUGGGAUUGAAAACGAUCGCUUUCUGCAGAAAUGGGAAGGAAAGGCAUUAGUUGGAAGACCAGUCUUGCCUUGUUUUCCUCUGUAUGUCUCAGUUAAAUCCUCAUUAAUGCCUCCCCAAAGUUUUUAUGAUAUAUUAUGUAUACGUGAAAAUAUUUAUACCAAUCCAGCCCUUCCCACAUCAACAGGUCCACUUUGAACUGACUGAUAAUGAGGGCCUCCCCUUACCAAAAAAAAUUUUGCUAUUUCCUCUUAAUCAGCUGUGAGUCCUGCUUUAAAUAUCUAUUACAAAUGUGUGUCCCUAACAUCUUCAUAACAUGUAUAGUGUUUGAACUGUGAUUCAAUGUACCUAUGCUUGGGCAAAUAGCUUUUGAAGGCAGGAGCUUGUAUCAGAAGUCCCUGGUUGAAAGGUAUGCUUCGUUUAGCUCAACGGUGUUGGAUUCUGAUGGGUGUCAUUCUAAUAAGUAGAAUACCAUAAAAAUACUAAGAGACUGUCCUAAUGAAGUGUGCAUGAGGUGUGUCCAUAACCAUUUGUGAGCAGUAGAAAUAAACCGUUUAAAAUGUGGUUAGAAACCUAUUUAUGUCAUCUUUGUUUCUGUGAGGUUGUGUGCUCGCUCACACAGCUACCAGAUCUUUAACUGCCUGUAACCCAGAAUCCUCUGCUGGUAUUAACUUCAGUUUGUGUAACAAUGCUCUCUACCUGUAUUUGGGUUUUUGCCCCUCCCUUGUUCCCACAGCACCCUGUGGGUGAGCCUUCACCAAACACACCCUGCCCCUGCCGUCAGGGUGGAUGGAUGGUGUAGGUUCACCCCAGGCCUUGUCUGGAAACGCGUGCUGUCUUGAGCAUGUAGAGUGCCGCUCCUCUUCUGUGUGUGUGACUGAUGUUUGCUUACUACGCGUGCAAACCACUAUCACGUCUGGCGCGCAGCUAUUCAUGACUUCGUUUUCUAAUCCCAUCACAGAGAAAGUGGCUCAUGCCAAAGAAGAGAACCUUAGUAUGCACCAGAUGCUGGACCAGACCUUACUGGAGCUAAACAACAUGUGAGAGCCUCCUUAGCCGCGGCCACACCCCUUCAUUCCCCUGGCAUUGUUUUCUUUCCUUUCCAAACACCCGCUUCAGGAAACUCCUUCGACGCAUUUUUAUAUACUUUUAUCCACUGUCACCGAAACAUCUGCAAAGAGCCAGCUAGGGCAGGGGGUGGGGAAAGACACACAGAGAGGCAAGGCCGGGUCGGGGCCCUUAUCACUUAAACGUGCCAUUACCCAGGAUGAUGUUGCCACACUUCUUAGCGUUUUAGGCAUGCGGUUCGCUUAGCCAGGGUAGGAAGCCUCACAGAGCCAGAAAGAUUUCCAGCCAGAGUGCCAAGGUAGAGUCACCAAGAAGACUGAUGUUGGAGACAAUCGGGUGCGGAUUGGUGCUACUUUAAGCAGAAGGACCCCUGAGGGUCUUUUGUUCAAUAUUCUACAACUUAGACCUCCGUCCAACACUAAUUUAUUUUCAGUUUCACUGCAAGACAAGACUAUGGGUUUCUUAUGCCUGUCUUCAUUAAAGUCAAGGGUCUGGAAGCUGCACUGGUCUUUUAAGAGUCCCUUUCCUUCCCAACUGACACCUGCAGCCCCUUCCAGCUCAGCAGGGAGAGCAUUCCAUGGGGAGUGCCCCUCUUUGCAGUUCUCCAUGUCAGGGUGAAAGAUCUAGGCACUACAUACAUAAUUGGUAAAGAAACGGCAUUUUCUGAAGAGUUCUAACUAUAUGUAAACAUUGUAUAAUGAUAUGGAAUAAAAUGCACAUUGUAGGACAUUUUCUAAAUCU